GCUGAGCCUAUCAGCAAGUAAGUCGAGCAAAAGCCUACGGGCGCGGUGUUCAUUUCUCGCGAGCUCCGAGGCGCUGCGCAAUUCUCGCGAGACGAGGCAGGGAGGCUCAUCCGCGGCCCGGCACGUGUUUCGGGGUGUCGCGCGCCGCGUCUCCUAGGAUCUCGGCGCCUUGGGUGCAACCGGGCGGGCGCCAUGGGGAAGGCCAAGAAGGUCAAGGCGCGAGGGGCGCCGGCGGGAGCGCGAGGGGGCCCGGCGAAGGCCAGCUCCAAUCCGUUCGAGGUGAAAGUCAACAGGCAGAAGUUCCAGAUCCUGGGCCGGAAGACGCGCCACGACGUGGGGCUGCCCGGGGUGUCCCGCGCGCGGGCCCUCAGGAAGCGUACACAGACUUUACUGAAGGAGUACAAAGAAAGGGAUAAGUCCAAUGUGUUCAGAGAUAAACGCUUUGGAGAGUACAACAGCAGCAUGACCCCCGAGGAGAAGAUGAUGAAGCGGUUUGCUCUGGAACAGCAGCGCCAUCAUGAGAAAAAAAGCAUCUACAAUCUAAACGAAGAUGAAGAAUUGACUCAUUAUGGCCAAUCAUUGGCAGACAUUGAGAAGCACAAUGACAUUGUGGACAGUGACAGCGACACUGAGGAUCGAGGGGCGCUGUCCGCGGAGCUGACUGCUGCUCACUUUGGAGGAGGCAGUGAGCUCCUUCACAAGAAGACUCCACAGGAAGGCGAGGAGCAGGAGAAACCAAAGUCCCGGAAAGAGCUGAUUGAAGAGCUCAUUGCCAAGUCAAAACAAGAGAAGAGGGAGAGGCAAGCGCAACGGGAAGAUGCCCUCGAGCUCACAGAGAAGCUGGACCGAGACUGGAAAGAAAUUCAGACUCUCCUGUCUCAUAAAACUCCGAAGUCAGAGAACAGAGAGAAAAAGGAGAAGCCCAAGCCCGACGCGUAUGACAUGAUGGUUCGCGAGCUUGGCUUUGAAAUGAAGGCGCAGCCCUCCAGCAGGAUGAAGACGGAGGCAGAACUGGCGAAGGAAGAGCAGGAGCGUCUCCGGAAGCUGGAGGCUGAAAGACUCCGAAGAAUGCUUGGAAAGGGCGAGGAUGAAGAUACUAAGAAAGCAAAACAUACGUCAGCGGAUGAUCUCAGCGAUGGCUUCGUACUGGACAAAGAUGACAGACGUUUGCUUUCUUACAAAGAUGGAAAAAUGAACGUCGAGGAAAAUGUCCUCGAAGAAGAGGAAGAGCAAAGCAAGGAAGCCGGUGACACUGAGAGCAACGAGGAAGAAGGUGACGGUUCAGGCAGGGAGGACACCGAGGAGAGUGACAGCCCAGACAGCCACUCGGACCUGGAGUCCGACGCAGAGAGCGAGGAGGAAGACCAGGAGCCAGCACAAGGGCAGCGGCAGACUCCUGGGAAAGGGUUGCUGGGCCGCCAGGAAAGAGCUGGAGAAGCUGCCAGAGACGAGCUGCCCUACACGUUUGCAGCUCCUGAAUCCUAUGAGGAACUGAGAGCUUUAUUAUUAGGAAGAUCUUUGGAAGAGCAGCUUUUGGUGGUGGAGAGAAUUCAGAAGUGCACCCACCCAAGUCUCGCAGAAGGAAACAAAGCAAAACUGGAAAAACUGUUUGGCUUUCUUUUGGAAUACGUUGGUGAUUUGGCUGCAAACGACCCACCAGACCUCAGAGUAAUUGAUAAGUUGGUUGUGCAGUUAUAUCAUCUUUGCCAGAUGUUUCCUGCAUCUGCAAGUGAGGCUGUGAAAUUCGUUCUCCGAGAUGCCAUGCAUGAGAUGGAAGAAAUGAUUGAGGCCAAAGGCCGGACGCCAUUGCCAGGGCUGGACGUGCUCAUUUAUUUGAAAAUCACUGGCCUGCUGUUUCCAACUUCCGACUUCUGGCACCCGGUGGUGACCCCUGCCCUCGUGUGCCUAAGUCAGCUGCUCACCAAGUGCCCCAUCCUGUCCCUCCAGGACGCGGUGAAGGGCCUGUUCGUGUGCUGCCUGUUCCUGGACUAUGUGGCUUUAUCCCAGAGGUUUAUACCUGAGCUUAUUAAUUUUCUUCUCGGGAUUCUUUACAUAGCAACUCCAAACAGAGCAAGCCAAGGUUCCACUCUGGUGCACCCUUUCAGAGCGCUUGGGAAGAACUCGGAACUGCUGGUGGUAUCUGACAAAGAGGACGUGGCCACGUGGCAGCAGAGCAGCCUCUCCCUCCGCUGGGCGAGUGGACUGAGGGCCCCAACUUCGACGGAGGCCAAUCACAUCCGACUGUCCUGCCUGGCCGUGAGCCUGGCGCUGCUGAAGCGCUGCGUGCUGAUGUACGGGGCCCUGCCGUCCUUCCAUGCCAUCACCGCACCUCUCCGUGCCCUCCUCGCAGACCACCUGGCGGAAUGCAGCCACCCCCGGGAGCUCCAGGAGCUGUGUCGGAGCACACUGAUGGAAAUGGACAGCCAGAAGCAGCUCUGCCGGCCGCUGACCUGUGAGAAGAGCAGGCCCGUCCCGCUGAAGCUGUUCACCCCCCGGCUGGUCAAAGUCCUGGAGUUUGGAAGAAAACAAGGCAGUACUAAGGAGGAACAGGAGAGGAAGAGGCUGAUCCACAAACACAAGCGUGAAUUUAAAGGGGCCGUUCGAGAAAUCCGCAAGGACAAUCAGUUCCUGGCUAGGAUGCAGCUCUCCGAGAUCAUGGAAAGGGAUGCGGAAAGAAAGCGGAAAGUCAAGCAGCUUUUUAACAGCCUGGCUACACAGGAAGGUGAAUGGAAGGCUCUGAAGAGGAAAAAGUUCAAAAAAUAAAUCACGUUUUAUAAAU